GGAAAAUAAACCUCUUUGGCUGGAGUAGGGUCCGGGUGAGCAGAUUUCCUUAUCCGGGAAUCGCAGGCCGGGUGGCCAUUGGCUCGGAGGAUCACGUGGGCCUCUAACUUUGUUCACUUGACAGUAAGUAGGAGGGCUUUCGGAAACAGGAAAACGAGUCAGGGGUCGGAAUAAAUUUUAGUAUAUUUUGUGGGCAAUUCCCAGAAAUUAAUGGCUAUGAGUUCCUUUUUGAUCAACUCAAACUAUGUCGACCCCAAGUUCCCUCCGUGCGAGGAGUAUUCACAGAGCGAUUACCUACCCAGCGACCACUCGCCGGGGUACUACGCCGGCGGCCAGAGGCGAGAGAGCGGCUUCCAGCCGGAGGCGGCCUUUGGGCGCCGGGCGCCGUGCACUGUGCAGCGCUACGCGGCCUGCCGAGACCCCGGGCCCCCGCCACCUCCGCCGCCCCCGCCGCCCCCGCCACCGCCCGGGCUGUCCCCUCGGGCUCCCGUGCAGUCAACAGCCGGGGCCCUCCUCCCGGAGCCCGGGCAGCGCAGCGAGGUGGUCAGCAGCAGUCCCCCGCCGCCUCCCUGCGCCCAGAACCCCCUGCAUCCCAGCCCGUCCCACUCCGCGUGCAAAGAGCCCGUCGUCUACCCCUGGAUGCGCAAAGUUCACGUGAGCACGGUAAACCCCAAUUACGCCGGCGGGGAGCCCAAGCGCUCCCGGACCGCCUACACUCGCCAGCAGGUCCUGGAACUGGAGAAGGAGUUUCACUACAAUCGCUACCUGACGCGACGCCGGAGGGUGGAGAUUGCCCACGCGCUCUGCCUGUCCGAGCGCCAGAUCAAGAUCUGGUUCCAAAAUCGGCGCAUGAAGUGGAAAAAAGACCACAAGUUGCCCAACACCAAGAUCCGCUCGGGUGGUACCGCGGGCGCAGCCGGAGGCCCCCCUGGCCGGCCCAACGGAGGCCCCCCUGCGCUCUAGUGCCCCCCAAGCAGGAACUCGAACUUGGGGGGCGGGGGGGGACUGCGAACACCGAAGGGGGUAUGCGGGGUAUGGGAAGGUCCCCAGGCUUGAGCCCAGAAAAACCUAUCUACCCUACCCCCACUUUAUCUAUAAGGAAUAAACGCAGAGAAGGGGGGUAGGGAAGCCUUAUUUAUAGAAACGACAAUAGGGAGCCGGGUAAAGUCCUCCGGAAGCAAGAUUCGAGUCUCUUGCUUUCUUCCUUAAAAAAAGAGAGAGAGAGAAAGAAAAGAAAAAAGAAGAAAGAAAGGAAGAAAGAAAGAAAAGGAAGAAAGGAAAAGACAGAAGAGAAAUGGAGAGGCUUUUGCGCCUGGCUUUCAGCUUUGGUGAAGAUGGAUCCAUGUUUCAUCUUUAAUCAUGCCAGGCCUCGGCCCAUCUGUCUUGUUUACUCCGCCGAGGAGAAGACGAGCUUCGGUGGCGACCAUUACCUCGACACUUGGCUAACAAAUGAGGCCGGCUCGGCCGCUGCCGCUGCCUUUGCUGCUGCCGCUGCUGGACCACAGCCUGGAUUUUCUUUCUUUGUCCCUUAUUCCUGACACCCAGCGAAUGCACCCUCAGACUGCCAGAUAGCACAGUGUUUUGGCCACGGUAACAAACACACACACACACAUAACUUUCCUCCCUGUCUGUGCCCACUUUGGGGUGGGGGUGGGAAGACCGCUCCCCUCCCUUCCACCAUAGACUUAGAAGGGGAAAAAGAAGGGAAGCGAGGGGUGGUCUGCACAAUGUGGGUUCCCAAAUCUGAACCCAAGAAAUAAAUGAAGAAA